CCAAGCUUCAACAAACACUUUAUUACUUACACAAACCCACAACAACAAAAAUACACACAACCUCUAGUCUACCUCGUUUCUGCAAAAACAACAAUUCCUCUGUCCUAAAAACCAAACAAAUGGAAAGAAAAACAGGGUUUUUCACUUCACUAAAACAAGAAAUGACCAGAGGCUUGUCUCCGGCGAGGUCACGCAGCCGGAGAAGCCGCAGCAACUCCCCGCAUUCCGGCCUUCUCCGGCGCCGGAAAGCUACCAACCCUCACGACCACUUCAUGUUUAGAUCGGGUAGUUUAAGACCGACUGAAGCAUUGUCUCCGCUACGAGAAGGCCCGGAUCACAAUGAAGUAAUCGACGGUGGGGAUUCGAAGAAGUGGGGGCACUGGAUGAAAGGUCAGCUGUGCCGCGCACCAGGGAAUCAGAGUAGUGGUGGUGGUAAUCAACGGUCGGAUCUGAGCUUGAUGCUCGGGGUUCUGGGAGCACCGUUAGCUCCUGUGCACGUUAGUUGUAGUGAACUCUUUGCUAAUCUUAGCAUCAAAGAUACUCCCAUUGAAACGUCAUCGGCUCAGUACAUAUUGCAACAGUUCACUGCGGCUUCAGGAGGACAGAAGCUUCAAAACUCUAUUAGAAAUGCAUAUGCAAUGGGGAAGGUGCGGAUGCUGUCUUUUGAUAUUGAAACUGCUACGAAAGUGAUAAAGAGCAGGAAUUCCUCAAAAACAGCAGAGUCGGGAGGUUUUGUUCUCUGGCAGAUGCAUCCAGACAUGUGGUAUGUGGAGCUUGCUCUUGGUGGCAGCAAGGUUCAUGCUGGUUGUAACGGUAACCUUGUUUGGAGGCACACACCUUGGCAUGGUGCACAUGCUGCUAAAGGGCCUGUCAGACCCUUGCGCCGUGCACUUCAGGGUCUUGACCCGAGAACCACUGCAAGCAUUUUUGCUGAAGCAAGAUGUAUCGGGGAAAAAAAGAUCAGUGGAGAGGAAUGUUUCAUUCUCAAGCUUUGCGCUGAUCCACAUACUUUAAAAGCCAGGAGUGAGGGGCCAGCAGAGAUCAUAAGACACGUAUUUUUUGGGUAUUUCAGCCAAAGAACAGGACUUCUGGUGCACCUGGAGGACUCUCACCUUACCCGUAUCCAAUCCAAUGGUGGUGAUGCUGUUUAUUGGGAGACCACAAUCAAUUCCUUUCUUGAUGAUUACAGGCCUGUUGAGGGGAUCAUGAUUGCUCACUCGGGACGAUCAGUGGCAACUCUUUUCAAAUUUGGAGAAACAGCGAUGAGUCACACUAAGACAAGGAUGGAGGAAGUAUGGACAAUCGAAGAAGUGGCAUUCAAUGUCCCAGGUCUGUCAGAAGACUGUUUCAUCCCCCCUGCUGAACUAAGAUAUGGAUCUAUUAAUGAAGCACGUGAACGCCCCAAGGAGGGGAGAGCAAAGACUGCUGUGGCAGCAGCAGCAACUUCAUAUCAAACCAAAGUCGCAACACUGGAAAGAUCACACAGUAGCCGCGCCAACAACAAAUUCUACUUUGAAGAUGAAUACAAACAAAAGUGACAUUGUUCGAUGAUUAAACUGAAUAUAAAGGUAGCAUUUAGUUUAUGUCGACACACAAACAUGAUCUGAAAUGGUAAUGUAGGAUCUUUGUUGACCGAGAUGUUUUGAAAUUGAUAGCCAAGUCUCCUCCAAUCUGUAAAUAAUAUUAAAAUGUAGUUGGAGUCCGGUGAUUCAAUCAACACUCGGUCAGGAGUUCCAUAAUAAGUUUAGCAUGCCCUUUCGAAAGGUCUGUUAUCCUCACCAUGUAAAGUCUCUCAUUGUUGUGCAGCUGUUAUUAAGCUGUGAUGCUGAUAAACUUGUAAGCACAAAUAUUGUCUAUCAUAAUUCUCAUGGAAGAAAAUUUUUCAGAUUUAAA